AUACUUUCAGUUGUUAUUUUAUGGACUGCUCUGCUGGGCUUAUCGCAGGCAUACGCCGCGGACAUAUGCGCAAAACAGUCUUUUGGAUAUAAAGCUGUCGAUUCACAUGACUCCAAAUCAUAUUUUCUGUGCCUAGGACUACUUGGCAAAAUAUGGAGCCAUUGUGAUGACGGUUUUCGCUUUAAUGGAUCGGAACAGAAGUGUAUUCUGGAGAAACAGUCAAGAGCAGGGAAUGAAAAUUCUGGCGGUCCAAAUAAUGUGUUCAACAUUAACCAGAACAUUACCAUGCACAAGCCACUUAUCUUUAAUAUAUUUGGUCCACUGUGGAAACCUUCAAACCCUGCACCUCCACUACUACCAGCACCUGCAACGACCGAAGAACCUGUUACUACUUCUCCAGGGCCAGAGUCCAGCUCUACUACAUCGAUUAAUAUAGUGAGUUCUCCUUCUUCAACAACUGAUAGCUCUACAGAGAGUUCGUCUUCAUCGGUCUCGGAUAGCUCUACAGAAAGUUCCACAACAUCUACAAAUAGUACAUCAGACAGUACAUCGGAGAGUUCUUCCUCAGCAACGGAGAGUUCUACAGAAAGUUCUUCCUCUUUAGCAACGGAUAGCACCACAGAGAUCUCUUCUUCUACAUCCACGGAUAGCAACACAGAGAGCUCUUCUUCUACAUCCACGGAGAGCUCUACAGAAAGUUCUUCUUCUUUAGCAACGGAUGGCACCACAGAGAUCUCUUCUUCUACAUCCACGGAUAGCACCACAGAGAGCUCUUCUUCUACAACCUCGGAAAGCUCUACAGAAAGUUCUUCUUCCACAACGGACAACACCACAGAGAGUUCUAUUACUACUACUUUAUGUACUCAAACGACACCAAUCGUAGUUUAAGCUCCUUUUAACCAAAACCAACUAUUACACUAGUGGGAGUUAUAUGUAGCGCCUUGGAUACUCUAAUAACCAUUUUCGAUUUAAUAAAAAAUAAAAACGCCUUACAAUA